CUCCCGCCUCCGCCCCCAGAACCCGGGCGGGCGGAGUUGCGGGUGAGAGGAGGGAUGUUUUGGGGGGCGGGGGUCCCGAUGACGGCAUCUGAACGCGCCGCGCCGGGGCGUGGACCCUGACUGCGCUGCCCCGACUGCCCCGGCACCCAAGCAGGUUGAAUCCCAAGAGCAGUGGGAAGCCUUUUCUGGGGGGUCACAUUUAAGCAGGUCUUGGAGCAGCUCUCCAUCAACAUGGGACUGGAGUCCCCAAGGCUUCCAGGGGCUGAGGAGGCCCCUGUGAGGGUGGCCCUGAGAGUUCGUCCACUGCUACCCAAGGAACUGUUACAUGGGCAUCAGAGCUGCCUGCAGGUGGAGCCAGGGCAUGGUCGAGUCACCCUGGGGCGUGAUCGUCACUUUGGCUUCCACGUGGUGCUAGCAGAAGAUGCUGGGCAAGAGGCUGUGUAUCAAGCCUGUGUGCAGCCCCUCCUUGAGGCUUUCUUUGAGGGCUUCAAUGCCACCGUCUUUGCCUAUGGUCAGACAGGCUCUGGGAAGACCUAUACUAUGGGAGAGGCCAGUGUGGCCUCCCUGCAUGAGGAUGAACAGGGCAUCAUCCCAAGGGCCAUGGCUGAAGCCUUCAAGCUUAUUGAUGAGAACGACCUGCUGGACUGUCUGGUCCACGUGUCCUACCUGGAAGUGUAUAAGGAGGAGUUCCGAGACCUGCUGGAGGUGGGCACUGCGAGCCGUGACAUCCAGCUUCGGGAAGAUGAUCGGGGGAAUGUUGUGCUGUGUGGGGUGAAGGAAGUGGACGUGGAGGGCCUGGACGAGGUGCUGAGCCUCCUGGAGAUGGGCAACGCAGCGCGCCAUACAGGGGCCACGCACCUCAAUCGCCUUUCCAGCCGCUCACAUACUGUUUUCACCGUGACCCUGGAGCAGCGGGGGCGUGCCCCCAGCCGCCUACCCCGACCUGCAGCAGGCCAACUGCUUGUUUCCAAGUUCCACUUCGUGGAUCUGGCGGGCUCAGAGAGGGUCCUCAAGACAGGCAGCACAGGCGAGCGGCUCAAAGAGAGCAUCCAGAUCAACAGCAGCCUGCUGGCGCUGGGCAAUGUCAUCAGCGCCUUGGGGGACCCCCAGCGCCGAGGCAGCCAUAUCCCCUACCGCGACUCCAAGAUCACCCGGAUCCUCAAAGACUCGCUGGGCGGGAACGCCAAAACAGUGAUGAUCGCCUGCGUCAGCCCCUCCUCCUCCGACUUCGACGAGACCCUUAACACCCUCAAUUAUGCCAGCCGCGCCCAGAACAUUCGCAACCGCGCUAUGGUCAACUGGCGGCCGGAGGCCGAGCGGGCACCUGAGGAGGCGGUGGCGGGUGUGCGGGGGCCACCACGCCACCGCUCCGAGACGCGCAUCAUCCACCGCGGCCGGCGAGCGCCGGGCCCCGCAGCCAGCUCCGCAGCGGCAGCCGCCCGCCUGGGCGCCGAGUGCGCACGCUACCGGGCGCGCACCAACGCCGCCUACAGCCUCUUGCGCGAGCUGCAGGCUGAGCCGGGUCUGCCUGGCGCUGCCGCCCGCAAGGUGCGCGACUGGCUGUGUGCGGUGGAGGGCGAGCGCAGCGCCCUGAGUUCCUCUUCUGGGCCGGACAGCGGCAUCGAAAGUGCCUCAGCAGAGGACCAGGCGGCUCAGGGACCUGGAGGGCGAAAGGCGGCAGAGAGCCAGGAAGAUGAGGGGGCACAGCAGCUACUGAACCUGCAGAGUCAGGUGGCACGGUUGGAGGAGGAGAACCGGGACUUUCUAGCUGCACUGGAGGAUGCCAUGGAACAGUACAAACUUCAGAGUGACCGGCUGCGUGAGCAGCAGGAGGAGAUGGUGGAGCUGCGCCUGCGGCUAGAGCUGGUGCGGCCUGGAUGGGGGACUCCAGGGCUCCUGCAGGGCCUGCCUCCUGGGUCCUUUGUUCCUCGGCCUCACACAGCACCUCUGGGGGGUGCCCACAUACAUGUGCUGGGCAUGGUGCCUCCUGCCUGCCUUCCUGGAGAUGAAGUUGGCUCUGAGCAGUGGAGUGAGGUGACAAAUGGCAAGGAGGCUAGAGCUGAGUUGCCAACUGAGGCAGACAGACUGGGCAGUGGCUCUUCAGCAGCAUCAGAGGAGGAAGUGGAGGAAGAGGAGGAGCCGCCCACACAGACCUUGCACCUGCGCAGAAAUGGGAUCAGCAAUUGGAGCCAGAGGGCGGGGGUUCGCCCAGGGAGCCCACCAGACAGGAAGGGCCCAGAGCCUCACCUUGGAGAACUGGAUGCUGCCAUUCCAGGGCCCAGAGCAGUUGGUGGGAGCAAGGCCCCAAUUCAGAGCCGCCAGGCCCUUGCCGCCAUGGCCUCUGAAUGGCGGCUGGCCCAGGCCCAGCAGAAGAUCCGGGAGCUGGCCAUCAAUAUCCGCAUGAAGGAGGAGCUCAUAGGCGAGCUGGUCCGCACAGGAAAGGCAGCCCAGGCCCUGAACCGCCAGCACAGCCAACGCAUCCGGGAGCUGGAGCAGGAGGCAGAGCGAGUGCGGACUGAGCUGAGUGAAGGCCAGAGACAGCUGCGGGAGCUGGAGGGCAAGGAGCCCCAGGAUGCUGGCGAGCGGUCCCGGCUCCAGGAGUUCCGCAAGAGGGUUGCAGCAGCCCAGAGCCAGGUGCAGGCAUUGAAGGAGAAGAAGCAGGCAACAGAGCGGCUGGUGUCGCUGUCAGCCCAGAGUGAGAAGCGGCUGCAGGAGCUGGAGAGAAAUGUGCAACUCAUGCGGCGGCAGCAGGGCCAGCUCCAGAGGCGACUUCGUGAGGAGACAGAGCAGAAGCGGCGCCUGGAGACAGAGAUGCACAAGCGGCAACACCGUGUCAAGGAGCUGGAGCUGAAGCAUGAGCAGCAGCAAAAGAUCCUGAAGAUCAAGACAGAAGAGAUUGCAGCCUUCCAGAGGAAGCGGCGCAGCGGCAGUAAUGGCUCCGUGGUCAGCCUGGAGCAGCAGCAGAAGAUAGAGGAGCAGAAGAAGUGGCUGGACCAGGAGAUGGAGAAGGUGCUGCAGCAGCGACGGGCACUGGAGGAGCUGGGGGAGGAGCUCCAUAAGCGGGAGGUCAUCCUGGCUAAGAAGGAGGCCCUGAUGCAGGAGAAGACGGGGCUGGAGAGCAAGCGCCUGCGGUCCAGCCAGGCCCUGAAUGAAGACAUUGUGCGAGUGUCAAGCCGGCUGGAACAUCUGGAGAAGGAGUUGUCCGAGAAAAGCGGGCAGCUGCGACAGGGUAGUGCCCAGAACCAGCAACAGAUCCGAGGGGAGAUUGACACCCUGCGCCAGGAGAAGGACUCUCUGCUGAAGCAGCGCCUGGAGAUUGACAGCAAGCUGAGGCAGGGUAGCCUGCUGUCACCCGAGGAGGAGCGGACACUCUUCCAAUUGGAUGAAGCCAUAGAGGCCCUGGAUGCUGCCAUCGAGUACAAGAAUGAGGCCAUCACGUGUCGCCAGCGGGUGCUGCGGGCCUCAGCCUCCUUGCUGUCCCAGUGUGAGAUGAAUCUCAUGGCCAAGCUCAGCUAUCUGUCAUCCUCAGAGACCAGAGCCCUGCUCUGCAAGUAUUUUGACAAGGUGGUGACACUGCGAGAGGAGCAACACCAGCAGCAGAUCGCCUUCUCAGAGCUGGAGAUGCAGCUGGAGGAGCAGCAGAGGCUGGUGUACUGGCUGGAGGUGGCCCUGGAGCGGCAGCGCCUGGAGAUGGACCGCCAGCUGACCCUGCAGCAGAAGGAGCAUGAGCAGAACGUGCAGCUGCUCCUGCAGCAGGGGCGGGACCACCUCGGCGAAGGGUUAGCAGACAGCAAGAGGCAAUACGAGGCCCGGAUUCAAGCCCUGGAGAAGGAACUGAGCCGCCACAUGUGGAUAAACCAGGAGCUGAAACAGAAGCUCAGUGGGGGGAAUGCUGCCGUCCAGAGCAGGGGUGGGGAGAGGAAGAGCCUCUGCCUGGACAACAGAUCAGGGCCUGGAGGCGAAGACGGGCUCCACGCAGCAGUACCUGAGCUUCUCUGGCAGUCCUCCCUCCUGGAAGGGGUCCCCCGUGCCCGGGAGGAGCCUCGGGACUUGGUCCACGCCCCAUUACCCCUAACAUGGAAACGCUCCAGCCUGUGCAGCGAGGAGCAGGGCUCCCCCGAAGAGCCAAGGCCACGGGAGGCACCAGAGCCCCUGGUUGGGCGGGUGCUCUCUGUGGGUGAAGUGGGGCUGCCCUGGAACUUUGGACCUUUGUCCAAAUCCCGAAGGGAGCCAAGAAGAGCCAGCCCAGGGAUGAUCGAUGUCCGGAAAAACCCCCUGUAGGACCUUGGGACCUUGCCUCAGAGAGACAUUCCCAUCCCACUAAAGAUGCAAUUGCCUGCAGUUUGCUUCUGUGGAGGACAGCCCUUACCUCACUACCUGAAUCCAGGUCCUCAUGAUUAAUUGGAGUCAACAGAUUUGGGCCACAGCCCAAAAGAACUGGUCUUUUAACCUUUUUUCUGGGGUACUAGAGAUCAAACCAAGGGCCUUGUGCAUGCUAAGCAUGCACUCUUCCACUCAUUUUUUAAUAUUUUGUAAAUUCUGCAGGGUGAGGUGGUACACACCUAUAAUUCUAGCAGUUCAAAAGGCUGAUGCAAGAGACUUACAAGUUCAAAGCCAGCCUCAGCAAC